CGGAGACGCGACGCGGCAGUUGGCGGCGGUUGACGGCUGACAGUCGCGUGGUUUAAAGGGCGAGUUCUCCGGCUGACAGUCGCCCCGCGGUAGUUGGACGAAGGGAGAAAAUAAAAAGUUUCUCGCCGAUCUGACGGGCUCGGACAGCAUGGCCGGGUAUUUACCUCCGUGUGUCAUUGACUGCGGGACCGGAUAUACAAAGCUUGGCUAUGCAGGUAACACAGAACCACAGUUCAUCAUUCCUUCUUGCAUAGCUAUCAAAGAAUCAGCCAAGGUAGGUGACUAUGCGCAACGAAGACUGUUGCGGGGAAUGGAAGAUCUAGACUUUUAUAUAGGAGAUGAUGCUGUAGAUAAACCUACGUAUGCCACAAAGUGGCCCAUUCGACAUGGUAUAGUUGAAGAUUGGGAUCUAAUGGAAAGGUUUAUGGAACAUGUGAUAUUCAAAUAUCUGCGGGCAGAACCUGAAGAUCAUCACUUUUUAAUGACAGAACCGCCUCUCAACACACCAGAGAACCGAGAGUACCUCGCUGAAAUUAUGUUUGAAUCCUUUAAUGUCCCAGGACUUUACAUUGCAGUCCAGGCUGUGCUAGCGUUAGCCGCAUCCUGGACCUCAAGGCAGGUGGGAGAACGCACACUAACGGGCAUAGUAAUAGACAGUGGUGAUGGAGUGACUCAUUGUAUUCCAGUGGCUGAAGGUUAUGUCAUUGGAAGUUGUAUUAAACACAUCCCUGUUGCAGGUCGAGAUAUUACCUUCUUCAUUCAACAGCUCUUGAGGGAAAGGGAAAUAGGAAUACCACCUGAACAAUCACUGGAGACUGCCAAGGCCAUCAAGGAGAGAUAUUGUUAUAUCUGCCCAGAUAUAGUGAAGGAAUUUACCAAGUACGAUACAGAUCCUGACAAAUGGAUUAAGCCAUACAGUGGCAUCAACGCUAUUAGCAAGCGCCAGUUUGCUGUGGACGUGGGCUACGAGAGGUUUCUGGGCCCUGAAAUUUUCUUCCAUCCUGAGUUUGCAAAUCCGGAUUUUAUACAACCAAUUUCAGGUGUGGUUGAUGAAGUGAUACAAAAUUGCCCCAUUGAUGUAAGGCGGGCAUUGUAUAAGAAUAUAGUUCUUUCUGGAGGUUCGACAAUGUUUAGGGAUUUUGGACGUCGCCUGCAAAGAGAUCUAAAAAGAGUAGUGGAUGCAAGAUUAAAAAUUAGUGAAGAGCUUAGUGCUGGUCGAAUAAAGCCAAAGCCAAUUGAGGUUCAGGCAAUAACGCAUCAAAUGCAGCGAUAUGCAGUUUGGUUUGGUGGCUCCAUGCUCGCGUCAACGCCUGAGUUUUACCAAGUGUGCCAUACAAAAAAAGAUUACGAAGAAUUUGGUCCUAGUAUCUGUCGGCACAACCCAGUUUUUGGUGUUAUGUCAUAAUAGCACAUGAUUUCCGCAUAGGAAUUAAAGGGCCUGCUACAAAACAGGAUGGGUGUACCAACUGACACAUUUAUACCCUGCUGAAUCGAAAUCUGGACAUUUGUACCUGGAAUGCUUUAUGCUAUAAAUUUUGGGCACUGCCUAGACUCAUUUCCAUUUAGCUCACUGUGCGCCAGCUAUUUAUGUUCUGUUUCCUAUAUUUAAGCUAAAUAGUCAAAGUGUUUUGGAUCCGAGGUUUAGUACAUACAGUGCCCUCCAUAAUGUUUGGGACAAAGACCCAUUAUUUAUUUAUUUGCCUCGGUACUCCACAAUUUGAGAUUUGGAAUAGAAAAAA